AUGGCUGAGCAGCGCUUCACCAUCUCCGUGCCAGAUGCCGAGCUCGACCUUCUGCGCAGGAAACUCGACCUCACGCGUCUACCUGAUGAGCUCGAGGGUGCCGGUUGGGAUUACGGGGUCCCCCGUAACGACGUUGUGCGACUCGUUCAACAUUGGAAGAACGGAUACGACUGGCGCACUGAAGAGGCCGCGUUGAACGAGGAGCUUCCCAUGUUCACACGCGACAUCUCCGUUGCGGGCCACGACGCGCUUAACGUUCACUACGUUCAUCAGAAGAGUACGGUCCCAGGCGCUAUCCCAUUGCUCUUCGUGCACGGCUGGCCAGGGAGCUUCAUCGAAGUCCGCAAGAUCUUGCCUCUACUCGUCACACCCAGCGAUCCGAAUGCGCCGGCUUUUCACGUCGUUGCCCUUGGGCUUCCCGGCUAUGGGUUCUCAGAAGCCCCCAAGAAGCCUGGGUUUGGACCGAAACAGAUGGCCGAGACAGGCCACAAGCUGAUGCUUGCUCUUGGAUACGACGAAUACGUCUGUCAAGGAGGAGAUUGGGGAUGCCUAAUUACCAUGAUCAUCGCAAGUACCUAUGGACCUAGGCAUGCGAAGGCGUGGCAUACGAACAUGCCAGACCUUGUGCCUGCGGGGCCCGACGCCGCUACUCACUAUAGCGAGAGCGAUCGUGCAGCCCUGAAACGUGUUGAGAACUUCCGAAAGACAGGCGCAGGAUAUAGAGUCGAACAAAGUACGAAACCUCAGACGCUCGGAUACAACCUUUCCGACUCGCCCGUCGGACUGCUCGCAUGGAUAUACGAAAAGCUGAUAUCGUGGACGGACGCAUAUCCAUGGAAUGAUGAUGAAGUUCUAACCUGGAUCUCUAUCUACUGGUUCUCCAGAGCUGGGCCGACCGCAUCUACGCGACUCUACUAUGAAGCGAGAGUGGGAAAAUUCGGUCCUGGCACUGAACAAGGGACUAUCUUCAAGGUGUUCAAGGUUGAUGUGCCCAUUGGGCUAUCCUUCUUUCCAGGGGAGAUCAAUACGCCACCUGAAUCAUGGGUUUCGCCGCACGGUCAACUCGUGCAGUCGACCCGACACAAUCGGGGCGGGCAUCUUGCCGCCUACGAGGUGCCCGACCUUCUCGUCGGAGACCUACAAAAGAUGUUCGGGAGACAAGGUCCUGCCUAUGGCGUUGUAACGGGGAGUAAGGGAUACUAG